GUAGAGAGCGUUAAGUAGUGGUAGGUACUAGGUACUAUGAGGAACAUUAAUGUUUAUUCAGUUAAAGAAACAAAAAAACCCAUGAGACUAUAAUCGAGUAAACCUGUACGUAUUAUUUUGUAUUUUAUCAAGAGUUCAAAGAUGGCAGCAGGGGAAUUUUAAAUCCUAAAUAUCUGGAUCUGGCCUGUUUGAUUUUGUAAAUGUAUUUACAGCUACAGAUAGCUGGAAGACUGCGAUAUAGUAAAACCUUUCCAUUUUUUCUGACACACGGAGGCGUCGUUGUAACUAUAUGAUUUGGAUUUGAGCUUGAAUUAUAGAAAGCCAUGUUGCACUUUCUUGUUUUCACCAUUUGCGUCACCUUAGUCUCAGGAGCGCCUUAUUAUGGCGGAUCAGGGCGAAUUACAGGAGGAACUCGAGUGAAUCACACAGAACAGUUUCCUUAUGUCGUCUCCAUCUCUCGGCUGGAUCAGCACAUUUGCAAUGGAGUCAUUUACAACGAUCGAUGGAUCAUCACAGCAGCAAACUGCGUCCACGGAAAAAAUCAAUCGGAAUUCAAAGUUAUCAUUGGUGCCCUGUCGCUCAUCAUUCCUGAUCCAGCGGAGCAAAAAAUCACCGUUUCCGAUUUUGUCGUAUUCAAUCAAUUUGAUCCUGUUUCUUUGAAGCACGACAUCGCUCUCGUCAGGCUGUCCCGGUUGAUUUUACUUGGCCCUACCGCUCAACCCAUCCGGUACGGUGGAAUCGAUGAGCUGGCCACACCCUGGGACGCAUACAUUGUCGGAUGGGGUGCAACUUUUGAAGGAGGAAUCCCAACUACAAAACUUCUUUGGGGUCCCAUUGAUGAACUCGCUGCAGAUUGCGGAGUGUACGGUCUUGACGAAUUUCAGCAGGACUCCAUGAUUUGCGCUGGCUCAACUGAAGGAACUAUUUCACCUUGUCAAUACGAUGAGGGAGGACCACUGACUCAAAGGACAGAUUCUAGCGGAACUCCGGAAGAAAUAGUCGUGGGCAUCAUGUCGAGGAACAAUGGCUGUGGUGAUCCUAGUGUGCCAACUAUUUAUACUCGGUUGGGCAGCUACUCUACUUGGCUUCUCCUUACCGCAGGCCCGCAGCCGUGGGAAUAAAAGUGCGUUAUCUACUACCGAAAAUUUUUUUUCCGUAGUCCACGCCUUCAGGAAAAUCGCGAGUACCGUUCAUGUUAUUAGUUAUGUUUCAAUCAAAUGCAAAUCACGCAACAAUAAUAACGAUGUUAAAUGUUACGCAUGUUACUGUAUUUUUCAAUAGCAUAAUUUUUUUAAAUUUCGGUGAAUAUUAGGGCUACUGCGUCCGUUGUUUUUUUGGUUUCAGUACGAAGUCGAAUAGGUCGUAUUGUUCUAGCGUUAUAGCUACGCUUUUUUUAUUAUGUAAGUGUGGGUGGAAGUAAUUUGUUAACUGCUAAAUGUAUAUUUUGUAUUGAGACAG